AAGGGAGGCCGGCCGGGCGCCGGGUGCUCCGGGCUCGAGGCGGGAAGUGGGCGCGGCGCGGGCUCUGCUGGGCGCUCGGCGGCUGCGGACCAGUAUGGGAGUGGGGCCGCCCGGCCGCCCGCAGCGUCUGGAGCCCCGCUGAAGCCGCCGCGGAGACCCAGCUCGGGAGCCGAGAUGUGUCUGCGCCUGGCUCCAGAGGGUCCUGAAGGCUCCAAGGAUCUCAGAGACCGGCUAGACCAACCCCUUCCCAUUUUACAUAUGGGGAAGCUGGGGCCCAAGAAGGAGAGAGGCUGGUGCAAAGUCGCACAGAGGGUAGCCUGAGUGUGGGUGACUUCCGGAAGAUGCUGAUGAAGACGGGGCUGGUGCUGGUGGUGCUGGGCCACGUGAGCUUCAUCGCAGCCGCCCUCCUCCACGGCACGGUGUUGCGCUAUGUGGCAGCCCCCCAUGAUGCUGUGGCUCUGCAGUACUGUGUGGUCAACAUCCUCUCUGUCACUUCCGCCAUCGUGGUCAUCACCUCAGGCAUUGCAGUCAUCGUGUUAUCACGCUACCUCCCCAGCAUCCCUCUGCGCUGGACAGUGUUUAGCUCGAGCGUGGCCUGUGCCCUUCUCUCUCUGACCUGUGCUCUCGGCCUCUUGGCCUCGAUUGCUGUGACCUUUGCCACCCAGGGCCGGGCACUGCUGGCUGCCUGUACUUUUGGGGGCCCCGAACUACUGGCACUGGCGCCCGACUGUCCCUUCGACCCCACUCGCAUUUACAGCUCCAGCCUGUGUCUCUGGGGCAUCUCGUUACUGUUCUGCGUGGCAGAGAGUGUGUUUGCUGUCCGCAGUGCCCAGAUCACCCACCAGUUGCUGGAACUGAGGCCCUGGUUGGGGAAAAGCAGCCAUCACAUGGAGGAGACCCAGACCCAGUGGGCCUGGCAGCCUCUGACGUCUCCACAGAUGCGGGAGAGCCCAGAGCCUAUGGAGGACCAUGACCUGCCGAGCUGCACUAGCUCUGGGCUGAUGACCCUUUGACAGCUGUUGCCUCACCCAAGCCCUGUGGCC